AUGGCCACGUCUCCGACCAUAACGGAUCCCACAGUCGUCGAGACAGACGAGGGCGUUGAGUUGAAACGGCCCUUGUCCAUCAACAUCCAGCCCAUUCUGGAAUCGGUGGCCGGCAAGCUGACCGACGACGAGAUUGACCAGUGGUUCGUGGGUUUCGCGCGUGCCAACGAGGGGCGGGGAUUUUAUCUGGAGAUGACCGCCGAAGGGGAGUUAACAGUACAUCCGAUGGUCAACAUGGAUAGCGGCAAUGCAGAAGUGGAAGCCGUCACGGAUAACAUGAGUACAUCUCCGAUGAAUUCGCCGAUACCUGAAGAGCGCAUUGGGGAGUUCCAGUCCCUGAUCGAUGUUGUGGCGCGCCUGCGGGCGCCAGGCGGCUGCCCGUGGGACGCCGAGCAGACCCACGAAUCGCUGAAGCGCAACCUGCUGGAAGAAUGCUACGAAACGCUGGAGGCGAUCGACGAGGGCGAGCCGCAGGAGUUGGCGGAGGAACUGGGCGACAUCCUGGUGCAGGUGGCAUUUCACGCCGACAUCGCCCGCGAGGCCGGUGAGUUCGACAUCGCCGACGUACUGACGGCCAUCAACCGCAAGCUCAUCCGGGCGGCACCCCCACGUCUUCGCCGAUGGCGCCGCGUCUGA